UGUGUAUUGCAUUUAGUCUACGCAGCGCAUACAAAGACCUCAGACAAGCCGGAGAAAACCUGUGACUCAUUUGGCGAAUUUUGACUCAUCGGAUUCAAAAUAGUUUGUCGAACUGACAUUAGGAGUUGGGAAACACUGCGAAGUGAGUGAGUCAGAAAAGUAUAUCACAAAAACUCGUGCUUUAAACCGAAAAAGUGGCUGCAAAAUUUAAACACAGGACGAUGGAGACGACGAUGUAUAACGACGAUAGUGCUGGUCACGAGAACUCAUUCGGAAAUAAGCUCAACAGCAUGAAGCGUUCUAUGACUUUGGAUUUUAAUAAUUCCGGUGGGAUUUCCUCGGCAAAGAAACAGAAGAUACAGGCGACGUUACUUCAGUCUCCGGAUCUGAACAUGCUAAAGUUGGCUUCGCCUGAACUCGAGAAAAUGAUCAUUCAGGCUAACGGGAUGGUGACGACCACACCCACCCCGACCCAGAUCCUGUUCCCCAAGUUCGUGACGGACGAACAGGAGGCGUACGCCCAGGGUUUCGUGGCAGCUCUGGCGGAGCUUCACUCCAAACCUGAGACAAACAUGACAACUACACAACCCGAGAACAGUAUAAACUCUAUGAUGGUGAACUUCACAACAAGUGAUGCGUUAAAAAACAUUUUUACAACCACUACAUCGUUACCCGGUGGAUUUAGUUUGCCCUCGAAGUCGUUGCUGAACCCAGUGUCGUAUGCUAACAAUGUUCAUAUAAAGGAGGAACCUCAAACUGUGCCAUGUGGACUUAAUUCUCCGCCCCCUUCUCCUAUCAACAUGGCAAAUCAGGAGGUAAUAAAACUUGAGCGUAAAAGAGCUAGGAACCGCAUAGCAGCACGGAAAUGCCGGACACGUAAACUCGAAAGGAUUGCGCGCCUUGAAGACAAAGUUGCCGAUCUUAAGGAACAAAAUAGUGACUUGUCCACUCAGGCAUCUAGGUUAAAAGAAGAAGUGAUUAAAUUAAAGCAAACUAUUAUUGAACAUGCAAAAAGUGGCUGUCAAAUUGGGGCACAGAAUAUCAUGUACUAGCUAUAUUGACUGAAGGUGUAGUAUAUUUUUUAGUAUAUUUAAAUUGGAACGGGUUAUGGACCAUGCUGUAUUGUUUUAAACAUCUAGGUUUUAUAGAUCUUGGUGUUCGCAUAAUACAUGUGGAGUGAUUCUGUAACAUGUAAUGUUAUAUUUAUAUUUGCAUAUAUAUAAGAAUUUUAUUUCUGUUAUUGUCAAACUAUGUUAAGUUAACUUAAGUGCUUUAUUCUGUUUGUUUUUGUUGCAAGAUCUGUUAAAACUGCUUUUAUUAAGUGUCAUUGAAGUAUUGAUAAUGUUACCAAACAUUCACUUUUUGUUGUAAUGGUCUGUGCUAUUGAUUUUUAAAAGUACUUGUUAGAAAUUGAUAUCAGUGAAAUUCCAAAAUAACUGUUUUUGUUUACCUUAUUUUGAGACCAGUUAUGCAAUUUCUGUAUGCAGCUAAAUAAACUUGUUUAUGUUUCUAUGGGUCAUGAUAUUUUUAGCAUUCCUCGUCAUUUCCUUUUUCCAUACCUGUCAUUCAUUACAGAAGUCAUUUUUCGUUCAUUACCAUCAUAUAUGUGUAAAUGGUGCUGUAAAUAUUGUGUGUAUUUAAUGCUACAGUCUUUUGUUUUUUUAUUAAUGAUUUUUUACAAAGAUCUUUUUAAUAAAAUUGGAAACUUGA